AUGAACAAACGGGACCUUAUGAAGACUUCGGUGCAGGAGCCCCCACUUGACUACUCCUUCAAAAGCAUCCAUGUUAUCCAAGAUAUGGUAAAUGAGGAGCCAAGGACAGGGCUCCGACCCCUGAGGCAUUCCAAGUCCGGGAAGUCACUGACUCAGUCCCUGUGGCUGAACAAUAAUGUCCUCAAUGACCUGAAAGACUUCAGCCAGGUUGUCUCACAGCUGCUGGAACAUCCGGAGAACCUGGCCUGGAUUGACCUGUCCUUCAAUGACCUGACUUCCAUUGACCCCAUCCUUACAACUUUCUUCAACUUGAGUGUCCUCUAUCUCCAUGGUAACUGCAUCCAACAACUUGAGGAGAUAGAUAAACUGAGUGUUCUACCUCGGCUUCGAAGCCUGACACUCCACGGAAACCCCAUAGAAGAAGAGAAGGGGUAUAGUGCUCCAUGGAGGCCCUCUUCCUGUCCUCUGCACUGGUCUUCCCCACACUGAAGCUUCUGGCCCAGGGCCCAGGUGGGGACCAUGUCCCCUGCUAUUGCACUGGCCUUCUUGCCAUUGGUGGUGACAUUGCUAGUGAGGUACCGGCACCACUUCCGGCUGCUGAUGCGCACAGUCUUGCUGAGAAGCCUCCGGGACUGCCUGUCAGGGCUACGGAUUGAGGAGCGGGCCUUCAGCUAUGUACUAACCCAUGCACUGCCUGGGGACCCUGGUCACAUCGUCACCACCCUGGACCACUGGAGCAGCUGCUGUGAAUACCUAGGCCACAUGGGGCCUAUCAAAGGCCAGAUUGUGACACGGCUGGUGGAAGAGAAGGCCCCCAUCUGCGUGCUAGAGCUUGGCACCUACUGUGGAUACUCCACACUGCUUAUUGCCCGUGCCCUACCCCCUGGUGGCCGCCUUCUCACUGUGGAACGGGACCCACGCACAGCAGCAGUGGCUGAAAAACUCAUCCGCCUGGCUGGCUUGGAUGAGCAAAUGGUGGAGCUUAUCGUGGGUAGCUCUGAAGAGGUGAUCCCGCGCCUGCGAACACAGCAUGAGCUAAGCCGGGUUGAGCUGGUACUCCUGGCACACCGGCCCCGGUAUUACCUUCGAGACCUGCAGCUCCUUGAGGCUCAUGCCUUGCUGUCAGCUGGUGCCACUGUGCUGGCCGACCACGUGCUCUUCCCUGGUGCACCUCGCUUCCUGCAGUAUGCUAAGAGCUGUGGCCGCUACCGUUGCCGCCUCCAUCACACUAAUCUCCCAGACUUCCCUGCCAUCAAGGAUGGCAUAGCCCAGCUUACCUACGCUGGACCUGGGUGA